AUGGUGUCAACACAAUUCUCCGGUACAUUGCACGUGCUGCAUUUGUUUCCAGCUUCUAUGGCCAGGACGAUAUUCAGGCAGCACAAGUUGACCAAUGGCUCAAGUACGCACCAACUCAUUCUCUCGGGCUCUGAAUUUGAAUCUGCUUGCUCAUUUCUUGAUGGAUACUUGGCAACUCGAACCUUUUUUGUUGAUUAUGGUCUAUCAAUUGCUGACAUUGUCAUGUGGUCAAAUCUCACAGGUCACCAUGGUUGUUCCAUUGUCAUAUCAUUCAUCAUAUGCUGCUGUUUAGCAUCACAAAAGAAGAAGGCCAGAGUUAUUUCUUCCUUUUGGAUAUUUUCCAUCAUAACUAGCAGCCAAUCUGAGCCGAAUAUCUGA